AAUAGCGAAAGAAGGGGGGUGAUUUUCUGGCCAAUGGGAGCUUAGGACGUACGUUCAGAGGUUAUAAAUGACAAGGUGACAGACGGUCAACUCCUCCACUUAUUGGCUGCCGCUGUGCGCGACACUAUCGGCGUGUGGACCCUGUGAAAGCUGUAACUACACGGUACCAGCCAUGUAUGCCUGCUCCAAGUUUGUCAUUUCCCCCGCUGUGCUGCGUGGGGGGUCCAGGGUGCUCGCCCGGCCAGUCUCUGCGUCUCUCUUCAACAGACCUGAAGCCACAGCGGAGCAGCAGGCCCUGCUGCCAGUCAGCCGGUCUGCAGUCCUGAGCCGCUCCCUGCAGACCUCUGCUGUGUCCCGGGACAUUGACACUGCAGCCAAGUUCAUUGGUGCCGGCGCUGCCACGGUGGGGGUCGCCGGUUCAGGAGCCGGGAUUGGAACCGUGUUCGGCAGCCUCAUCAUUGGAUACGCCAGGAACCCCUCUCUAAAGCAGCAGCUUUUCUCCUAUGCCAUCCUGGGUUUUGCUCUGUCUGAGGCUAUGGGUCUCUUCUGUCUGAUGGUGGCGUUCCUCAUCCUGUUCGCCAUGUAAACGCCGAGCCGCCACCCCCUGCCACAACACGUUCCGGUUGGCGUCUCUCCCCUUUUAUUCUGGAAAAAGGGUGGUGGUUGCAGAGCGGGAGCUCUGAGCGGAGCUUGACGGGCCAUUCCAACCCACAGAAACACCAAAAUCAAGGAUAAUUUUCCCAACAGAUGAACAAACCUGCAAUCCUGCAUUUUUAUGUUCCCACUCGUUCUUGUUUUUCUCAACUUUACGUGAAACUCUUCUUUUGAAGGCUGUCCUAAAUAAAGAAUUGAUAACUGAG